UGCCACUUGAAGAAGGACGGGCGGCCGACUUUAUCGCACAUGGAGUUGGAAGUGAGACGAUCGGGCUGUGCAACGCCAUGUCUUACCCCAUGGUUAUGGACUGCAUGUUGACCAAUCAGGCUUCAAUGCCACACACCGACCUGAACCGCAUGUUCAACACGGUCCACGAACAUGAGAUUUUGGCAGAAAUAUUGUUCUUCGAGCCAACUCUAGGUAAUAGGAAUUGCUCGAGAGAUGCGAUCACCAAGAUGGCGAACUACGAGGCACUUGCCACCGCGAGCCCAAGCAAGGACGAGCACGCGAAUGCCGCAGGCCAAUUCCAAUUGCAGUUCGUUACGACUGUGAGCGUGAACGUCCCUUCCAAGGCCGAGAAGAAGAGGAAUCAGAAGAUCAUUCGACAAACUGUGAUGAAGAACUUUCGCCAGCAGCAGAGAUCAGAAAAGUUAAAGCCAAAAGGAAAGAACAACGGACUCGCAGCGACAUCGAGUUCGGAUCCUGAAUCCGGGGAUCCCGAGUCCGAUGAACCAUCCUCGAAUGCUUCCCGGGCCUCAAGCAGGUCACAGUCAAAUAGCUUGACAGAGAGCGAUAGCAAGAAUGAAUCUGGAUGUACUGAGCCCCGACGCAGCAGUCGCAACAAAUCACUGAAUCCAUCCGACUUGGGCAGUCCAUUGACCCCACUAGGAGCCGGACGAGUCGACCCCUUUCGGAAGGCCUAUGCAGAUGACAAUUGCCAUAUGCACGAGCUAAUAGAUCAUUCUGUGACGGUCCUAUGGCCAGCUUUCCGACCCCACGGAGCCUCUGAGGGGCUUCCCAAUCUCCCCGCAGCGUGGUUCGUAGCCAGCAACUCUAAACCCGUAGCCAUGCACUCCAUGCUCUUCGGAGCACAAGUGCAUCUAGACGUCCUCCGCGGCCCGCAAGUGAAAGUCGACAACCCGGUCCGCCUCUACCACAAAAUCCGAACAAUGCGCCUGCUGCAAGAGGAACUGAAGCAGCCUGGGAAGAUUUGCUUCGAUGAUGUAUUAUUGGCGAUUCUUGCUCUUUCUGCGAACGAGAUUGAGACGAUUGCGAAUACUAUCAAGGAGAAGAAGAUCCAGUCGCCGUUCAACUCGCCACUUACAAGUCUCCAGUGGCUUGAUAUUUAUGGGUGUAUUUCGCAUAUUGAGGCCCAUGUGCUGGCUAUGCGAACAAUUAUAGAUCAACUAGGCGGGCUGGAGAAAAUCGAGUUGGAAGGUUUGGCGGAGGUGGUGAGUCUUUCUGAUAUCCUCGGAGCAACACAGCGUCUUUCCAAGCCGCAUUGGCCGCUCCUCGACCGGACCUUGAAGUUCGGCCCCUUCGAAAUCGACGAGACCGUCAGGUUUCCCCUUACCAUACAGGGACAGAGCUUCGCAGAACUCGAAUACUUCGGAAUUAGCCAACAAAUGGCCAAUGUUCUCCAGUCCAUGGCCGACUUGACCAUAAUAAUUGACUGCCAUUGUCGAGGAAUGAAGCCCAUAAAAAACUUCACCCCUCUCAUCGAUAGACGAAACUCAGCCCAACACGAGCUCAUGUCUCUACCCUCCGGCGACGAACUACUCGAAGAUGAAGUAACAAGCGUGUGUCUGUACGAGGCAAUUCGCCACGCCGCAUUCAUAUACAGCGCUGCUGUAACUUUUCCUCUACCGGCGAUGUCGGGACAUUUCCACAAACUGGCCGCGAUCCUGCAACCACUGCUCGAAGCCUCGAAGCUCGAUACUUGUUGGCGACAUUGUCCCACAACAUUGCUAUGGAUUCUAGUCCUCGGAGGAAUCGCAGCUUCGGAUACGGAGGAGAGGGAAUGGUUUGUGAAGAGUAUUGCGAUGGUAGUCAAGAUAUUGCAGAUCGGUACGUGGGAGCAGGUGACUGAGAUAAUGGAAGGUUUUCUUUGGCUGGACAGUGCGUGUGAUGCUGGAGGAAGGAUUCUCUGGGCAGAAGUAAAGAGCGAAAGACUUCUUCGCUCACCUAGUGAAUAGUUGAAGUCUAAUUGUAAAGCAAAAGUUACGAGACAACAACAACAACAAUUCAGUUUCGAAGAAUGAUAACAGUUAAAAACAGAGUGACAUCACCGCUCGGUCG